AUUGUUGCGUGGAAACAACGUGUGCUUUUUCAAAAUUGUGAAACAAUAACUAUAAGAAUAGGUGAAAUUUCAAUUCCUUUAACUUUUUAAGGCACCAACAAGCAUUCACUUUGGUCACCUUUGGAUGAUUUUAUAGAAAGCCUUUGCAAUUUUCAGUUGAGGUGAAUCAACAUGAACAAUGGUAGAAACAAGCAUGAUCAAGAGUCUAGUGAGAGAGGUCUGUUUUCACAUAUAACAGGCUAUCCAGCAGCACCACCUGCUUCUUACUCCUAUCCACCUCAAGGAGGUUAUUAUCCGCCACCACAAACUGCAUAUCCACCUCAAGGAGGUUAUUAUCCUUCACAGUAUCCACCACAUGCAGCCGGAGGAGGGUAUCCACCUUCCGGUUAUCCUCAUUCCGGAUAUCAUCAUCAACCAUCUUAUCAUGCUCCACAAUAUGGCUAUCCAUAUCCUUCAGGGCGUGGAUCUGGUAUAGGAGGAUUGAUCGCAGGGGCGGCAGCUGCAUAUGGUGCUCACCAUCUGUCUCAUGGACAUGGAGGUUACCAUCAUGGUUAUGGUUAUGGUUAUGGACAUGGGAAGUAUAAGCAUGGCAAAUUUGGCAAGCGUUGGAAGCAUGGUAGGUUUGGUUUUGGCAAGUUUAAGCAUGGAAAAUUUGGCAAACGAUGGAAGUGAUACAGGGGCAAAUAUAUUAAGUAUAUAUAUGCAACUUUGAGCAUGAUCAUGGAUGCUAAAUUUUUAGAUUAAUAAUAAUGUAUGCUAAUUGCUGUUUAGCAACAUAUAUAGUUUUGAAUUUCAGUUGGAUGUUUGCAAUGAACAAUUAUUGUUGUAUGUAUAUGAAAGCCCUUAACUUUAUUUA